AUGGCUACCGUACCGAGCAGCAAGCUCCUACACAAGUGUGUUGUAUCUCCAACAGGGAAACACUCUGCAUCAGUCAUCUUCUUACACGGCUCAGGUGGUUGCGUUUUACAAUGCGCUCGAUGUUUAGUGACAUUUCUUCAACAGUAACUACGCUGAACUAGCCUCAUAAUAACUAGGAGUUGUAGUAGGUUAGCUACCUAUAGCCUAGCCUAUAGCAUAGCCAGAGUACCUUCAAAUGAGAUACUGAAAGCUUUUGUACAGUGAAGGACAGACAGGACUGUCUUUGAACUUUAUAACUAUACAAGCUAUGUGGCUUCAACGCAACUGUAACUGAGCUAUGAUAUGGCCUACUGUGGCAAAUUGAUAAUGUAGCUAACAGUAGCUACGUAGAUAGAUAAAUUCAAUUGAGUGGUCAGCAUUGGGAAAUGUUAUUCUAAGGAUACUUAAUAUUUGGCCUUGAUCACAAGAGAAGAAAAAAUAAUGCUAUGUAUUUAUCUGUUAUCCCUGAUAAAAUAAAUGUUAAAAAAAAUAUAAAAAUCUAUCAAAUAUAAAAAAAUAUAUAUAUAAUAGUAAAUUCCUUUUCAUGAAAUAAAUGUGAGCAACUUAACAACAAAAAAUAUAUAAUUAUGGUAUCACCAAUAUUCAAUAUACGGAUUAUGCCAAAAACAGUCAGCAACAUGUGAAAGGGACGUGGGUGACACCAAAGUUCUGCUCUGUAAGCCUAGUGACUGGUGAGUCAGUUAUAUUGGCUAACUGUUCACUUCUGCCAUGCAGGAGACACUGGACAGGGAGUGCGAGCAUGGGUCAAAGAGGUUUCGGUACCAGACCUGGAUUUCCCCCACAUCAGAGUGGUAUAUCCCACAGCUCCAGCCAGGUAAAUGCCAUAUACAGUCCUGCAGUCAAGCUGCUGAAACCCUCAACACAGAGACAAAGCCCUUCAACUGUCAUCUUUAAAAUAACUUAACUAACCCAGACAGGUAGAACACCUGGGCAUGUAUUCAUAAAGCAUCUCAGAGUUGGAGUGUUGAUCUAGGAUCAGUUUAGCCUUUUAGGUAAUAAUGAUUACGAUUAUAUAUCCCAGAUCAGCAUUCCUACUCCGAUGCUUUAUAAAUAUGGGCCCUGAACAGCAAUUUAAAUAGGCUAAAUAGCCUAAUACCCUUUUCACACUACCGCGGCGAGAUGAAUGGACUAUGUGAAUAGAUCAUUUCCAAGCCAGUGCGGUUCGGGUCAGCACCAUAGUGUGGAAAGGGAUAAAUCUUCUCAUCCUCCCAUGUGUCCCUCACUGCCCAAACCUUUCCUCGUUACAUAACCAAACUUUGAAUAUUGUUCUGUCUUCUGUUGACCCCUCAGGCCAUACACACCCAUGCGGGGGGCUCUGUCCAAUGUGUGGUUUGACCGCUACAAGAUCUCACGGGACUGUCUGGAGCACUUGGAGUCUAUAGACGCCAUGGCCAACUCCCUGGGAGCGGUUAUACAGGAGGAGGUCAGGGCAGGAGUACCCAAACACAGGAUGAUCAUAGGUACUGUCACACACACACACACACACACACACACACACACACACACACACACACACACACACACACACACACACACACACACACUACUACUACUGCUGCUACUAGAUCUGUCUUACUCAGUCUGUUUCCCUGUCUCUUUCUGGCUGUAUGCUCUCUCCCUCACUCUUUGUCUUCCUCAUGACUUCCUAACUCCAUGACCCCCCUGAAUGUGUCUAUUAUGCACCCCUCCACUUGCCCAUUUGCUUGAUCUCUCUCUCUCUCUCUGUCUCUCUCUCUCUCUCUCUCUCUCUCUCUCCACACACACCACACUCUCUCUUGGCCUUGAUGUUCUCAACUCCCUCUGUCAUGAUAUAAAAUGAAGAAUGCAAGUUAUCAGGUUUCUUUAUCCUUUUAUACGCUGCCAAUUAUGAACCGUAAAGUAUUUCUGGAGGGAUUCUCGGGUUCUGUAAAUCCUUUUUCCCAAAUAUUUUGGUUAUCAGGUUUGCAUGUAAAUAACAAUGACAUAAAACCGCUCGGAUCAAGUGCCAUAAACACUAUGGUAGAACUUAGGUAAGAGUUCCCACAGGAAAUAUGUGGGGGGCCAUCGCAUGUUUUAUGUCUCUGUAAGAGAACAAAUGAUAGCCGUCUAUGAAAGGGGAAACCGAUGGGAACAGGAGGAAAAGGGUUAACCUACAAGCCCUGAAAUAUAUAAAUAUACAGAAAUAGUUGUGAGGAGAAAAAAACUGCUGAGCGUUUGUAAGAAAGGUCCAGUGUGGAACGCCAGAAAAGCCCCUGAACUCCGCUCCAGAGAAAGUGAUUCAAAAAACACAUGUUCCUGGGAGACUGCUGAAAUAUUAUCAUCCUAAAUCAUAACAUUUUGUCAUUAACUAUAAAUACUCAUUGGAGUCACUCUGCAUACUGGAGAAACGGAGUGGUCUGUACCCAGAGUCCACUUGCAGGGCUGACGGACUGACAAGCGGCAGAACUUUCCAUGGAAAAAGUUUUUCAAGAAAAAGCUUCCGCCGCAGGCUUUUGUGUUUAUGUUUUUCGCUCUUUAAAAAAGCACGGAUCCGUUGGGAAAUCUCAGAGAAGAGAAGCUAUCACCACAAUCAUGACUUCACACAUAUAGGCUCACACACACACCGAAAACACACAGCAGCACUGUACCAAACAUCACAACAGAGAGGUGUAAGAAAGGAGACAUUAAAAUGUGAAUGUAUGAUUGUAAGAGGUUUGUUAUCGUGGAUUGGAGUGAGAGACUGAGAGUACACCAGAAAGACGGUCUUAGAAAAAUGGGUUCCAAAAGGGUUCUUCAGCUGUCCCCAUAGAACCCUUUUUGGUUCCAGGUAGAUCCCUUUUGGGUUCCAUGUAGAACCCUCUGUGGAAAGGGUUCUACCUGGAACCCAAAAUGGUUCUACCUUGUACCAAAAAGGCUUCUACAAAGGGUUCUCCUAUGGGGACAGCCGAAGAACCCUUUUAGGUUCUAGAUAGCACCUUUUUUUCAAAGAGUGUAGCUGGUAAAGUAAAGAAAGAAACAGAGAAUCAUUGAUGGACGUCAUGGACAAAUGUUUUAUUCGUGGGGCAAAGCAUUUGAACUCCUCCUUCCCUCCAUAUCUCCAUUCUUCCCUUCCCCCUCUGACAGGAUGAUGGGUACUUGCACACUUUCCCAAAUGUACACUGUGUGCCCAGAUGUACCCAAAUGUGUGAGAUUAAGGACGGGCUCGUGAACGGGUGCCGACUCCUGAGGAGCGAUAAAGCUGAUGAUGUGGAACUAAGGAGUCCGUUUCAUUUGAAUGUAUUUUUUUAUUUCUCAGUUAAAGGCAGAGCAUUUUCCACUUCGGACAGCUUAAACUGCCAGGAUGGCUUAAGCUACUGUUACUCAUACGGAAAUGAAUAUAUUUAUUAUUAUGUAUGCUGCCUUAUAUUAUUCCCAAUAUGCACAGUUGAAAAAUUAGAUUUUCCAGGAAAAGCACUUUGGAUACAAUAUUCAAUACACAUUUUCAGUGAAUACCUGCAGAAAGAGACCUAAUGGACCCAGUACAAUGACAUGUUCUGUUUUGUCUUGUUCCUCGUCCAAAGGGGGUUUCUCUAUGGGCGGAGCUAUGGCCCUCCACCUAGCCUGCCGUUAUCACCCUGACGUAGCAGGAGUCUUUGCUCUGUCCAGCUUUCUCAACAAGGACUCUGUAGUAUAUCAGGUAAGGCAGGUUCUCACUGGGCAUAAUGUCUACUAAACUGUCCAAACAAUAUUCUAAAUCUAGAUUAGAGCGCCAGAAAACUACAACUAUCUACUAAACUGUCCUUUGAAUGACAGAUAGUGGUAGAGAAAUAUUGGUAUAUUGAUAUACAGUGUCCAAAUUCACAGAGCUCCAUGACAGUCCCAAGCUGUUGCAUUUAUCAGGAGUUGGCUGCACUUGGUUCUGACAGAGAUAUUGGGCCUAUAGAGUGUGCUAGUAGGCAAUCUAGAAGUGUCUGACUGACUCUUCUCCCCCUGCUAGGCUGUGGAGGAGAGGGCUGUUCCAGGGCCAUGGGACAGGGGACAAGUUGGUGUUCCAUAAGUGGGGAGAAGAAACUACGGCCCUGCUGAAGAAGGCUGGGAUGACGACCACCUUCCACUCGUUCCCAGGCCUCCAGCACCAGCUCUCUCGGCCAGAGAUUGAGCUACUGCGCUCCUGGAUCCUCACCAAGCUGCUCCCGGACAGUCUAGAUGCCAGUGGGCAUUGA